AUGCUCGCCUCAUCGCGCACCGUGCUGCGUCAAGCUGCUUCCAAGCAGUUCACCGUCAAGGCCGGCGCCAGGUCGGUCUCAGCCUGGUCGCAAGUGCCACAGGGCCCUCCAGCCAUUCUUGGUAUCACCGAGGCUUUCAAGGCGGAUAGCAACUCCGAGAAGAUCAACCUGGGUGUCGGCGCCUACCGUGAUGACAAGGGCAAGCCGUUUGUCCUUCCCUCCGUCAAGCAAGCCGAGAAGAAGAUCGUCGAGUCCAACUUGGACAAGGAGUAUGCUGGUAUCACCGGUGUACCUGCCUUCACCAAGGCUGCUCUCCAGCUCGCCUACGGUCCUGACUCCGCCCCCAUCAAGGAGGACCGCGUCGUUAUCACCCAGUCCAUCUCCGGUACUGGAGCUCUGCGCAUCGGUGGUGCCUUCCUCGAGCGAUUCUACCCAGGCGCGAAGACCAUCUACAUUCCCAACCCGUCCUGGGCGAACCACAACGCUGUGUUCAAGGACUCUGGCUUGAAGGUUGAGAAGUACCGAUACUACAACAAAGACACCAUCGGCCUUGACUUCGAAGGCAUGCUCGCCGAUUUGAAGUCCAUCCCGAAGGGCAGCAUUGUCCUGCUCCACGCUUGCGCCCAUAAUCCCACUGGCGUCGACCCCACGGAGGACCAAUGGAGGCAGAUCGCCAACGCAGUUAAGGAGGGCGAGCACUUCCCCUUCUUCGACAUGGCUUACCAAGGCUUUGCCAGUGGAAACACUGACAAGGACGCCUUUGCUCUCCGUCACUUCAUCAAGGAGGGACUUCGCCCUGUGCUCGCUCAGAGCUUCGCCAAAAACAUGGGUCUUUAUGGCGAACGUGUUGGUGCCUUCUCCGUUGUUUGCGAGUCUGCUGAAGAGAAGAAGCGCGUUGAUUCGCAGAUCAAGAUUCUUGUGCGGCCGCUUUACUCCAACCCCCCGGUCCACGGUGCUCGCAUUGCCUCCGAGAUCCUCAACGACCCCGCGCUGAACAAGCAGUGGCUAGGUGAGGUCAAGGACAUGGCUGAUCGCAUCAUUACCAUGCGUGCUCUCCUCAAGGAGAACUUGGAGAAGCUCGGCAGCAAGCACGACUGGAGCCACAUUACAUCACAGAUCGGCAUGUUCGCAUACACUGGUUUGAAGCCUGAACAGAUGGAGGCUUUGGCUAAGGAGCACUCUGUCUACGCUACAAAGGAUGGCAGAAUCUCCGUCGCCGGCAUCACCUCUGGAAACGUCAAGCGCCUUGCCGAGUCGAUCUACAAGGUCACUGGAUAG